ACAAUUUGCAUUGGAACAACUUUGUUUGGAAUUACGACUGCAUGCCUUGUAUUCUCAUUCACCUUGAGCCUUUAAGUGCUCAGGAACGACCCUCCGGGCCUUGUAUUCUCAUCCACCUUGAGCCUCAAGAACAACCCUGCUAGCUCCCACACCACACUUCAUACCAUCAAGCUCUUUUGGCUCUUCAAAUGAUCUGAAUCAUAUACAAAAUCUUCCCGUAAUCGAAUUAUUAGGUUAAUUUUGGCCUAAUUAAACUUAAAAAAUCAUUCCUUAAGUUUUGCAAAAGGCUUUUCUCGUUUCCAUUUUCCAAUAAAUACCUGCCACGUAUAUUAACUAAAAAAUACAUAAACAGGACGUCGUCGUUUGUAUGUAAACCUGGCCGUCGUUCAAGACGCGAGCUCUCUGCCACAAAGCCCUGAGUUCUGAGCUCCCACCAGAAACAAGAAGAAGAAAGAUGAAAAAGAAAGCUACGCAGUUUCAACUAAAUCCCAACUGGGCUCAAUUCCAAGAAGACCUCAAGAACCAGCCUAAGCCUUCAAGACCCUUUAGCAACUCUGACUCUAAAAUCCCUAAAGCCAUCUUGGGGAAAAGGAAAGAGAGGGUGGAUGAUUCUCCGUCUCUGUUGAAUGUUCUGGAACCUGUUAAUGAUGAUUGCAGUGUGACAGAUGAAAUAGGCAUGGAUUGUGAAAUGGUUGGUGUUGGUCUAGGAAAUAAAAGUGCGCUUGGACGAGUUACACUGAUAAAUAAAUGGGGGAACGUUAUAUACGAUGAGUUUGUUCGCCCAGUAGAACGCGUUGUUGAUUUCCGUACUCAAAUAAGUGGCAUUCGUUCCUGGGACUUGCGAAAAGCAAAGGAUUUUCGAAUAGUUCAGAAAAAUGUCGCUGAGCUGAUUAAAGGACGAAUUCUUGUGGGCCAUGCAUUGCGCAAUGAUCUGAAGGCAUUACUUCUGAGUCAUCCCAAGGAGGACAUGAGGGAUACAUCAGUGUAUCAACCCUUUAGGAGGGAGGAAGGAUCUGUAAGGGCGCUACGGCAUCUUGCAGCUGAGUUUCUUGGUGUUGAAAUCCAAAACGGGGAGCACUGUCCUGUAGAAGAUGCUCGUGCUGCAAUGCUGCUUUAUCAGAAAAACAGACAAGCAUGGGAAAAGAGCGUUAAACUUCAACUUAGUAUUAAAGAGAAGCAGAAGAAACGCGGCAAGGGAAAGAAGAAGCGAAAAGAGGGGCCUGAUUUGAAACGGGAUCAUGCAGAGUAAUUUUUUCCGGUUGACAGUUCGUUUGACUAUUUUGUAAGGUAGUCGAACCUAUUAAGCUCAAUUCAAUCAACAGACAGAACUACACAAAGCUCAUGGCUUAGUUAUUAAGAUUUCAAUUGAUCAAAAUUCUAGUUCUACCGUUUCUUCUCCUCCAUGGUGGAAAAUUUUGUUUGUUGUAAGCUAGACUAGUCUUCUUCAUAUGUCGUCUUUUGGAGAAAUCUGUGUAUCAAACAAGAUAGUUAUUGUAAAAUGGCUGCUGGUGUGUACCAGUACAAUUUUGUCCCUCUAAAUGUGCAUUUCAUCUUGCUAUAGAAAACGAGAAGCAGGUCUCUUUUUCUCUGGUUUUUUUUUUCUUCCCAAAAUCCUAUAAUAUUAGAUGCUGCAAUUUACAAACGAAAACCAUUAACUGAGAAAACUGUAGUAUUGAUAAAAUUUUAGUUUCUUUUGAGAAUGUGAUAGAAUCUUUAGUUUCAUAUGCUAAACUAAACACGUCGAUCAACCUUUAGUU